AUGGAUCCUUGGGAAAAGUCGACGACCAUUGAUCCCGAGGUUAGGGCGCAUGUUACUUCCCUCGUCAAUGCGGUCGGAGGAAGCUCGAGCGUCGACAACACCUAUGCAAUCGGAGACGACGCGGUUGCUGUACUUAAGGAUCUCCAAAGAUGGCUGCGACUCUACGACGAGAAGACGAAUCGCCUGGACGUGAAAAGAUGUCUGGCGGAAGCAGAUCUGGUCAAGAAGGAUCUUCUGGAGAUUCUGGCUCUCUGGCCAGACGAGGCAACCCACAACAAACACAAGGCCAAAAUCGCCCUGGCAUGUCUGGAGCUCUUGGUACCUUUGACCUGGCCGCUCGCCCUGGAGGAUGAGAAGGCGACCGUGAACCACCAUCGGCAUGUGCCAUAUCUCCAGCUGGCCCAAGUGGGCUACAAACGAGCAGUGCUGCACUUCGAGUUCGCAAAGAUCCUGCGAACAAUAGCCCGCGUUGGACUGCCUGCAAUGGCAACUCCCAGUCGUGAUCGUAGCCGAAGGGAUGAGGGAAUCAUCAAACUGGUUUUGCACUUCUUCCGAAACAUCGCAAUGAUCACACAACCGCAACUGUUGCCUUCGCAAGGCGAUGAGAACGAGAUCAGCCGAUCCGCGACAAUCGAAGUCUUUCAUGAGCAGGACAUUUUCAACGUUCUGCUUACUGUUGGUUCUGGCAUGGGAGAUGAGUUUCAAGAGCAGGACGUGAUUCUCCUGGAGAUUCUGUUCCAUCUACUGAAAGGCGUGGACGGCAGAAAGCUGUUUAUGAAGAAAGAGCAAGUUACAACAGAAGAAAACACAGAGCUGAAGAACUUGCUGCAGAAGGAGAAGGCGAUGUUGAACAGUUACAACAAGCAUGCGCCUACAAGACACAAUCGGUUUGGAACGAUGGUCUGGGUCAAGAGAGACGAGUUGAAGAUGUCGACUGUGUCUGGACAGACCACCAUCACGGACGAGACUUCCACCCUGCACCAAAUGGACGCCAGCAAGAAAUGGAACAAGCCCCAGUACCGUGGCAAGCUGAAGGAGGAGUUCGAUGAAAACUCUGACUUUGGCGCACGAACAGAGCUUACUGAAAAGGCGAGAAAGCACCUGCGCCGGUUCGUGGAAGACUUCCUGGACUCUUCGUUCAACCCACUGUUCGCGAGCCUGCGAAAGGCUAUAGAACGGGAGGCGGAUCGUGUGCAGGAGAGCAUGCACCAUAAGCAAUAUUUCUAUCUGAUUUCUUGGUUCCUGAACGCAGAAGCAGCACGGCGUGAUCAAUCCCGAAGAGAUAGCACCUGGAACGCCGACCGCCCAACGCAGACGAAUCCCGAAGACAACACAUAUGCAUAUAUCGCUGCAGUACUGGACCAGGAGACAUUCGUCCUUCUCAACAGGCAAAUGCAGAACGCUUUCGAUAACAAGAACUGGCAGGAUUUGCAAGCAACGCUGUUGUGCUUCACACAGAUUUUGUUUACAGUCCAAAGCAUGUCUCAAAGCAAGGACGAAGAAGACCAAGAAAUCGCCGAGAACAUCCAGAAUCGCAUCUUCUACGAGGAAGCUACACAUGACCGCAUUGUGCAGAUCUUACGCGGUUAUACUCAUCAAGGCUUUGCCUAUCUUGACGCUGUAACAGAAUGCGUUCAUGUCUUCGUACGAAUGCUAGAGCAGUACAGCAAGCAGAAUGUCGACCUGCAGAUCCGGUCAAAGCGGCGAGCAAGAAAGAAGCAAAAGCAACAAGCAGAGAGUGGCAAUGGUGACGACGCCGAGGAUGCUGCCGAAGACGAGAGAGAGGCCCAUCGAGCUGUGUCUGAACGCAAGUUUGACUUUGCGCGGUUCUCAGCAAAGUUCCUGUCACAGCCUUGCAUCAACACCUUCAUUUCGCUAACUCACUUCUACCACGAUCUCACGCCAGUGCAGCUCAAGCGCACUCAUCGAUUUUUCUAUCGUGCUGCGUUCAAGCAUGAACUUGCCGUGCUGCUGUUCAGGGUCGAUAUCCUGCAGCUCUUUCACAAGAUGAUCAAAGGCCCUGAGGGCUUAGAUCCAGCCAUGGAAGGCUUCAGAGACUGGGAGCAACUGGUACAACAGAUCUUCCGUCGUUGCAUCAAGUGGAUGGAGCGGGAAACGGACGGCGAAGGGUGGCGUGAGGCAGCAGUUGUCGAAAUGCUGUUCAGCAAGAUUCCAGGGUCUCUCUUUUACCUCCAGAACGGAUACGAAAAGGUCAUCGAGAAGCGGCCUCCACGUCCACCAGCCGAGCUGGAAGUGAAGUCAAGUAUCCCGGAAGAGCAAAGAGUUGGUGUUGCAGUCUCGAUUAUGAUCGAACAGGCGAAAUCUGAUGCACUGGAAUGGGUGAAGAAGCAGUUGUCGAACGCAGCCGAUGAACGGCAAGCAUGGGAGGAUGAGCAAAGCUCUCGGUUAGGGAUCAUGGAUGAGACUGAAGACGGUGCUGCACCAGAGCCAGUCUCGGCCCCAUCAAUCUCCAUCACACCUGACUCUGAUGAGAGAAAGUUGGCAUUGUUCAAAGACAAGCACCUUCGUCUGCUUUUAACCACUCUAGGAAUCCAACGACUAGGCCUCGCAGAAGAUACGGAUGCUUCAUGGAUCAUACCAUCAGAACUGUCCGCUGCGAAGUUGAAUGACGCCCUGGAUCAGAUGAAAAAAGCUGAAUUCGACCCGCCUACAUUUGACGACGACAAGAAAGCAGAGGACUUCAUACGCUCCAGGGCUGGGACACGACGUGAUGCCACCUUUGACGAUAACGACUCCGAGUCUGACGCUGGCAGUGGAAGUGAGUUGGAUGAAGGGAUGUUCCCACCAAACCUGCGCGAGAAGCGGCGGAAACGGGACGAAGACGAUGACCGACCGAAGAAGCGCAGAAAGAGAAACGCCCCUGAGCUCACUGAGGAAUAUCUCGAUGAGCGCAGAAAGGCCAAGAAGAAGAGAGAAAAGGAGAAGAACGCCAAGAUCAAGUCGAAACUGUUCAUCACGGACUCUGAUGAUGAGGACGAUGAAGAGAAGGAUGCCGAGUUCUUCAAAUUGGAAGCCGAGAGGCGGAGGAACAUGGACGGCAUCAUUCGCAAUACUCUGCUCAAGCAAAUGGAAGAUGCGGAGACUGAGCAGACUGGGGCGAAGGGUAAGAAGAAGAAAGCCGCCAAAGAGAAGCUGGAGAAUGCGAAGGAGAGCCUGAAGAGCGUCGAGGGAGAUGGGAAGAAAGCCUCGGGGAAGAAGAGGCGAGCGACUAUCGACAGCGAUGACGACGAUGAUGUUGAUAUGAGCGACGCUGUCAGCAGCAGACGAGGGAAGGAAAAGUCACCCAUCGAGCUAUCUGACAAUGACCCAUCGUCUUCAGAGCUCUCAGACGACGAGGACGACGGAAAAGACGCAGAGAGCGACGCAGAGCAGGAAGGAGAAGCAGAAAAGGAGACCCCUUCAACAUCGCCAACGCCACAGGAAAAUGCAUCAUCGCCGCCAGCGCUAAAAGAGGUCUCGGCGAACCCUGCGAAAACAAAUCCUGUGGAUAGCGAAGAUGAAGACGAUAUGCCCAUCACUAAGCCAGCGGCGAGAAGGAGGAACAUGCGAGCGGGAUUCAUUAUUGAUGAUAGUGAUUCUGAUGCAUAA